CAACCUUAAAUGGUGCCAGCAGCAUCUCAUAGUAUUAGAUCAGAUUCCAGCAUCACAGCGCAUGCGUUAUCUCAGACUUUGCGGAAGUUGCUGAGGCUAAAAGAAACGAGGCUUGUCUCUUGCUAUCCAUCUUCUUUUUGGUGCAACGACGUCCGAACCGGCCAAUCAACAUGACUGAGGAAUUCAGGGCCACAGAAAAACAAGUUCUCGAUGCCAAACAGGCAUUCUGCAAUUUUGAUAAAAAGAAAGAGGGAACAGUGUCAUGCAAGGACCUCGGCUCCAUCUUCAAGUCUCUCGGUCUGCUGAUGAAGGAUGACAAGAUCAAGGAUUGGUCCGACGAGGUGGAUGAGGAAGCAACUGGCAGAUUGAACUGUGAUCAAUGGUUGGAACUUUUCGUGAGGAAACUCAAGGAGGAUAUGGACGAAAGGGAACUGAAGGAAGCUUUCCGAGUGCUUGAUAAGGACAAGAAGGGCGUAAUUAAGGUGGACGUAUUAAGAUGGAUCCUUAAAAGUUUAGGGGACGAACUUACGGAUGAAGAAAUAGAAAAUAUGAUUGCUGAAACCGACACCGACGGAAGUGGAACUGUAGAUUAUGAAGAAUUCAAAUGUCUGAUGAUGUCCAGUGACACGUGUUGACAAGCUGGGUACUGAGCCGGUUCUGUUUGUACUCGCACGCAUGCGUGAAAUUCCAACAUGUUGACUUUUAAAUGAAAUGUCAACCAACAGAAGAUAUACAUCUAUUUAGAGCAAUACCUUACCAAGCAAAGUGUUCGGCCAGCGAACGCGGUACAGACUCGCAGCGUGCAUCAAUUCCAUUUUUUUUUUCCAAAAAAAAAGUAGGGUUUCUCCCAUACACUGAAUCAUGCCAUCAUUAUAUAUCGUGUCUUCCCAUAAUUCCGUUCUAAAUAUAACACAUGCGCACUAACCUGCUUGCCCAAUUAUCCGCUACUAGUCGUUUUCUUUUGCUUGCGGUGUGAAAUAAUCACUUUCUUUUGUUUUAUUAAAAGGCGCCAUGCAGCUUGACUGUUUCUGCAUCCCUGAUAAUGUUUCUUCUAUCAAUUACAGAGUUCAAAGCUUUGAUGAUUGGUGCUUGAUUAGAGAACAUCAAGAAACCGUGUCCAAUCAGAUUUAGUAGCAGACCCUUGGACGUGACACCGCUGGGUACGGCUAUUCUCACCCACGGGCCGUUUAUCAUAACACGAUCUUAACUCAUUCAGGAAUUCUCAUCAAUAAUCAUUAACAUCUACACGACUUCUUGUGUAUCACUUGUUCUUGCCUGCUGUCACUCAAUGCACUUGAAUAACAGAACCGCUGGUCAGAUACACAAAUUCAUGUACUGAUUUUGUAUAUCCCACCCGGAGUUAACCUGACGUUACACUGUGACGUCAUCCUCGAACCGAGAGCAUUCCAGCCUUACAUUUACUCACUAUUGUUGCUGGAGCUUGCACAAAGCAUCGGUAGCGAAUGCCUACUUAUACCACUAGUCUCUGUUUGUGUCUGUUCCAUUUACAGAGUACCAUUGGAAAAGCACGAAAUAUUUAUAUAUGUAUACAUAGUCAUUUUAUCCAGAUAUAAUUUUAUCAUUUUACAUUUAUUGUAUAUGACUUGCCGAGUCUGUGCUUUCCCAUGAUGCUCCAGACAAAAUGGAUUCGGAUAUUGUAUUUACAAUAAUUAUAAAACAGAAGCUGCAUAGAUUUAAGUAUAUAUAUAUUUAGUGUUGUUCUAACCUCCCAACACUGACGGAUGUGCAUGAUAUUUUUGUUAAGUUCAUGAGCACUAAGAACUUUUACUAAUGAUAUUAUUCACGUCGAUUAGUUUCGUUCCGUAGUCAGCCCCAACCCACAAGACCAGGUCCUAAUAUCUAACACGGAUCUCUCGCAUCUUUAGUCGCGUGGGAGAGGAAGACAAAAAAAAGACUGGCGUGUUAUCAAUUUUGAAAGAAUACAUGAGUGAUUGAAACUGUUACCAUUUUGUUGCCGAUGACAAAUGAGGCAAUAAUGGUUUCUGUAUGUUGUAUAUUAAAAGAAAACACAAAGGA